CCACCCCCGCGCGGCCGCGCGGCCCCCCCUCCCGCGAGGCCUUUUUUUUGUUCCCAGGGCAGCCGGCUCCACAGAGAUACCGCCCUGACUUUUUUUUCGACCCGGAGGGCUGCCGCCAUGCAGCAUGGCGACCGCCGGGGUGAGGGCUGGUUCAGCCAGCUCCUCGCCCCCGGCCCAGAGCCUUACCGCGGGCACGACGGCUACAUGCUGGAGGGUCGCCACGGCGGGCACUCCCGGAUGGACACGUCGAUCGACUCCGGCAGCCUGUGCAUGGGUGCGGAAGUCGUGCAGCAGGUGCCGACGGGCGCCUACGUGUUCGCUGGAGAGGGUAGAGGCCGCUAUCAGAAGGUGACCGACUACAGGUACGUCGGCGAAGGGGGCGGCUACGAACCCGAGAUGCGCAAGAUUGUGUUGAGCAGGCGGGAAGACCAGAUCUGCAGGUGCGUAUGUUGCUGCGGCUGCUUCCUGGGCACGCUCUUGGUGGUAGGUUUGGUCGGGCUGCUGGUCGAGCACCUGAUGGCCAAGGCCCCGUUCGACUGCCAGGUCGGCCUGGGGCACACGGACACUUGGCCGGCGGACAAGCUGGACCGUGGUGCUGCGACAGGGAGGAAAUCGGCUGCGCGGUGGCCCACCUCGGCUCCGUGCAGGACAUGCAGCAGGCGGCGCAGGCGCCCAACACGACAACCGUCGCGCCCUACGACUGCGCGGCCGGGUACGACUUCUGGGAGACUGGGUGGGACGACGCGAAGAAGGGCUGGUGCUGCAAGAGGGAGCACCGCGGCUGCCCGCUGUUCGACUGCCUCAACCUCACUGACAUGCAGACCUGGUCGCCUGCGAAGCAGACAUGGUGCUGCAGCCACGACGGGGUGGCUUGCACGAGCCCCACCACGACGACGACCGCUGAGUACGACUGCCUGGCAGGUGCCUUCCAGUGGCAGCAGGCGUGGACUGAGCACAAGGACUUCAUUGAAACAUUGGUGCUGCAAGCACGAGGAGCGCGGCUGCGACCUCCCGAGGGAGGAGUACGAUUGCAAGAAGGCCGAGCGCGAGGGCACGUGGGAGGCGUGGCGGAGGGAGUACUGCUGCGAGAAGGAGAGCAGAUAG